UAAUUGAUAUGAUAUUAUAAUUGUUUAAUUAAAAAUAAAUUGCAUUUGUAUUAACCGCGUAUGUGCAUAGUCAACUUUUGGUCGGCCGACUGAGUCGAUGCGAAUGGAGACAGUGUGAGAUAAAUAGAAACUAACCUCAAUCGACUUCAAAGUCGCUCUUGUGUACUCAACAUCAAUCAGUUGAAACGACUUCUGAUCGUUUUCAGUAUUCAGUAUAAUUUUAUUAAGCAUUAAAAGAUUGCGUAAAUAUUAAGAUAAUCAAGUGACAAGCAGGUCUUGAUUGCAAAGAUGUCUAAAUUCAAUUGGACGAUGGACAAAACAAAUAAGUUUAUCGAGCUAUACAAGAAACACGAAUGUUUAUGGAAUAAUAAAAGUGAUACUUAUAAAAAUUGUAAAUUGAAAAAAAUAGCGAUAGAAGAUAUAAUGCAAAAAAUGAAUUUUGAAGGUUUAACGAUUACUAUUAUAAAGGAGAAAAUCAGAUCGAUAAGAACAAUUUAUCGCCGCGAAUUGAAUAAAAUAAUAAAGUCUCGCAAAAAUGAAAGUGGAGAUAUAUAUGAACCAAAACUAUCUUGGUUUAAAAGAGUAGAUCCAUUUCUUCGUUCUGUAUCGGUUUUACGAACCAAUAUUUCAAAGACGGCAUAUUUUAGUAAUUUUACUGAUGAUGUAUUGGAUAAUAAUGAAGACUCGUCAUUACUUGUAUAUGAUAAUAUUAUGGAGACUUUAAUAAAAGAUAAAAAAUUACAAACACAAACAAUUGACGCGAAAAUAAAUAAAAAAGGAGCAAUCGUUCCAGAAGAAAUAGAAUGUGAAAAAAAUAAUUCAUUUUUUAAAUCAGCACAAGAGAAACAAAAAUGUGUAGAUGUUCCUAAAACGAACGAAAGAGUUGUACGUCCAAAAAAUAAUAUAUUUUAUGAACAUUCCGAAGAAAAUGAAUUUGAUAUAUUUGGCAAAUCUGUGGCAGCACAAUUAAAGCAAUUUCCUCUACUCGAAGCUAUAGAAUGCCAAAAAAAAAUUCAAGAUAUAUUAUUUACGCAAAGAAUUCUCCUUCUUCGGGAGGAAGCUUCUCCCAAUAGAAUAUGUGAUACUUAGCUUUAUCAUUUUGUCUCGUUCUUUUUAUAAAAAGAAGUUAUUAUUUUUGAAAAAUAACUCGAAGCUUUAACAACAGUUGUUAAUAAAUUUUUUAAUUUUUUCGAUAAUAUUUUUUUAUGUUUGAUUUAAUCUUU